AUGGCAGGCCCACGCUUACAAUGCAGCGCCUCCUACCUCAAAAGCAUAGGCACCCUCACCUUUGGCCAGCGGGAGUUCAGCUGGACAGAGACAGGCGCUGACACUCCCGCACUGCGAGUUCCUUAUCCGACCGUCAAAUCAAUCGCACAAAACAAAAACCCCGCAAAACCCAUCCUCAAAGUCACCCAGUCUUCCCCCGACGACACCGAACAGCCCGAGGUCAACCACAACCUCACUUUCCUCGCACCCGACGCGGUCGAAAACAGAGCGAGAGUCAUCACACUCCUUGGAGAUGUUAUUCAGGCGAAUAACAGGACGAUCAAAGCGGUCGCGCAGCCUACGACGACGAAUGAGGAUUUGCAGAUCCGGCAUGAUAUCUUGAGGAAGGACGAGGAUCUGAAGCAACUUCAUGCUUCGCUUGUUUUGUCGAGGUUGAUCUCCGAGGACGAUUUUUGGGCGGCGAGGCAGGAAUUACUGGCGCAAGAGAAAUGGCAGCGGAGUCAACGAAAAGGGCCGACAGGAGUCAUUAUUGAACUCCGCCCGAGUGGGAAUGGGUCCGAUGGAACCGAAACAACGUACAAGGUCACCAAUGAGAUGAUCACGUCGAUACUCUCGCAGUAUCCGAUAGUGAAGCGCGCCUACGAUGAUACCGUAACAACCAACAAGAUAACCACCGAAGACUUCCUCCGCCGCUUCCUCGAGUCCAAGUACUACCAAAAACGGGCCGGGGCGUCCAUCAAAGCCAGCGACGAGUUCUUUGCGAAAUACGAGACCAAGGAUGACGAUGAUUACGCCGAACACCCCAAAGCGGCAAGCUACGAGAGUUCGAACUACCUUCUGGAUCUCGGCGCGCAAAGCGAGGACCAUACCGAGACCGGCAACCGACCAGACAGCACGAUGCGAGCCGGCGGAGUGAGAGCUUCUCUACCGCUCAUUCGACAGUUCAACCGCGUCUCGGAGGGUGUUUUAAAAUCGACCUUGGCGGGGCAGGCGUCGCUACCCAAGCCGGCGAAACCGGCCGAUGAGGUGUACAAGGAGUCGACCGAAUUGGACGACCUACGAGUAGAGCAGAAACAGGCCGCGAAAGCACUGAUGAUUGGCGACGUUAGCAAAUACUACCAUGCACAGGCUGGGAGUGCCGCGGGCCAGGAGGAUGUCACGGCCGUCUAUUCUGCUUCUUUCAAGCAGAGUUUGCGGCAGACCAUUCUAGGGUGGCAGCCACAAUUAGCGAAGACAUCGGUGUACCGCUCGAACGCGGACAAAGUCCUCAAACAACUCAACGAGAUGACACGGAAGCGAAAACGGGAUCAUCAACGUGGCGACGACAUCCCGCCCCCACCCGCAACCCUCCAAACCUACCAUCUAACAGCGACCGAACUCCUCCGCACCUUCUGGGCCGCCAAAAAGGCCCGCAACGACGCCAAGGCCGCGAAGUUGAUCACCACGCUUGAUGAGAUGGCGCGGAAUGCGAGGGCGGUUGUGGAGGCUGCUGAUGAGGAGGGGGGGCAGUCUCAGACGAUGUUCAAGGCGAUGCUGUAUGCGAUCGAGCGAGCGAAACUAGCGGCCGUUUGA